ACAUCGCAUUUGGCAUUUGGCUAAGAUGACGAGCGAGGAGAAGACUAUUUUCAAAUAUCUCCGCGAUUUGGGGGUUUGUCUCAAUUGUUCCCUACGCUAUUUGUGCGACAAGAAGGUGGACUUUGCAGAUGUGGACGUAGUCGUUAAACAGAAACAAUUAUCUGAGGCUGAAAUUGAAGAUGUACCAAUUAAGAAGGUCAAGGGGAAUCCAUGCUUGGUAUGUUUGGGACUUCUACAGGAAACACACAUUGAUGAUGUCUUGAAUCACCCAGACUUAGGAAAAGUGAGUGGUUAUGAUAGUAAAGUCUUCACCAUUGCAAUAAGCAUGCCUGCAGCUAUUUUACUGAGAGAACACAGCAUGCGUCUUCAUUUGGAGGAUAAAUUCCCAAUGUUCUUCAAUGAAGAAAACCAGGAGAUACCCAUAAAUCGUGCUUGGAAGAUGUUCGUGUCGCCGAAAUUGGCUGAAAAAAUCCAGAAAGAGUUUCAGAACUCUGAUAUCUGUGAGUUUUCAAUUAAUGUGAGCACUGGGUAUGACGAGGAGACUGAGGAGCUUUUAGUGCUCAAGGAGAUGCAACCAAAGAUAUUUGAAAUGCGCACUCUGCAACACAGAAAGUACAGUGGAGAGUUGUUCAGUCGGAAAGGUGUACUCUCAGCAUUGAGUGUUACACCAUCGGGUAUAUUCAAAAUGCAUGGGCAAGUGCCUCCUGAUGUCCCCAGUAAGCAAUUGGUCUGCAAGGAGAUUGAGUGCAAGCACAAACCAAUAUAUAUGGCUGGCAGGUAUUGCAAGUAUUCAAGGGAUUUGAGCCAAAGCCCAUGGGUUAUAGACGGCGUUAAGGCAAUGGAAACUUCGGUGCAAGAGAUUAUGUUCGAGCAGUUCUGCAAGGUGUUCCAAAUUCCUGAAGAGAAUAUGAAGUUUUCGUCUAGCGGUCGCGAGGACUGCGAUGUGCGGUGCUUAGGAAAAGGAAGGCCCUUCUACGUGGAAUUGUCCGAUCCGAAACGCACCGAGUACACGCCGGAGGAGUAUCGUCAAGUAGAGAAGGGCGUGGAAGAGUCGAAGCUGAUCAAGAUAUCAGACCUGCAGAAGGUUCAGAGGGCCGAAUUGACCAACAUCAAAGACGGCGAGGAAUCAAAAACCAAGAGUUACGUGGCGCUUUGUGUAACCAAGACGACGGUAACGGAUGAGUUGCUAGAGAAGAUUAACAGUCACGGUGGUCUUGAGGUCUCACAGAAGACGCCCAUUCGAGUGCUCCAUCGAAGACCACUUGCCACAAGGACAAGGAGGAUUGAGAGCAUGCAGGCAUUCGCAAUUGAAGGACAUUCCAAUUGUUUCGAGUUACAUGUAGUAACGCAAGCAGGUACUUACGUUAAGGAAUUCGUACACGGUGACUUUGACCGCACCACCCCCAAUUUAAGGCGAAUAAUUGGAGCUCCCGUCGACAUCGCCGCCCUAGAUGUAACAGCAAUCAAUUUAGAUUGGCCGAAACCAGUCAACUAUGAUACAUAACUUAUUGUUUUAGUUUUUAGAUAAAU